UACCUCCACACGAAGACGUGCAAGUCAUCUUAACAUACAAAACACUCUGUGAUCCCUUUAGCGUCAUUCAACAAGUCCAGCUUCUUCGUAUACAAAUCUUCGACGUUGCCGGUUGCGAAAUCUUCUACCAUCAAGAGCUCACAGCAGUAGCUGACACUUCAAGUGGUUGGAAUAGAUAUCACGGUCGAGAUCCAGGACCACCACCACCGCCAUAUCCACCUCAGCAACCUUUUCCAUCCCAGCAGCGAGUCGAUCAACCUAUCAUCGCACAAGUCCCCGUCAUUUAUCCUUCCAGUCUAAGAAGGCCAUAAAUUUCCGGCGUACCAUACAAUACAUAUCACGGUCAGGAUUCCGGUCCACCUCCACCCUACGUCGGUAUGGCAUUCCCAGUGGGUUACGCACCACCCCCCUACGGCUGCCCCGACCCAUAUUCUAAUGCAAGCUAUGGACCACCAGGUUUCGUAGCUCCUCAGUAUCAUUUCCCCGGUACCCAUCCAGCACCCCCUCCCGCCGAUAAAAGUGGUGUGCCUGGCAUCAACGUCCAAAACCAAUUCGGCGGCGUCGGUCUUCCCCCAGGCUACAACUAUCUCUUCCCGACCUCGCACUGUCUCGUCCACGUAUUCGUAACAGGCUCAACACCACCCUGGCAAGCAAACUCCCCGCUCUAUACUUACGAUGUAGGCAAUCAUCGAAAAUUCUUUAUUCCGGCUACUAUGACGGUUAAGGAAAUGAUGCAGCAGUUGGGCUGCAGUAAUGAGGAUCCGGAUAAGAAUGUGAUGACGGAGGUUCAGGAAGUGGGGAAUGGAAAGUGGACGAAGGGGAUGGUUUUUACGGGCGGGAAUAAGGAUAGAAUGAAGAUGACGUUGAAGGAUUUGGGGUGGGAUACGGGGAGGAAGAGAACGGGGUUGCCGGGACAGUCGCCUUUGAUUUGGGUUUAUAUUACGGGGGAUUAGGAGACUUGAGAAGUUGUCGGAGGUUUGCAUGAUGGUUCGGGGUAUUGGAGGUGUAGGUGGAGUAUGCGAAUUGUGGUUGCAUAUGGUUUUUAUCGUUUCGAGGGGUUUAAUCACGAUAAAGUGUGGAUUCCCACUAUCUGUAUGUUUUUUCAUGAAGAUUUAUCUAGUUUAUUCGAUUUUUAAACGUUGGGU